AUGGCAACCGAAAAGACGGGGAAGCGUAAUUUUACGGAGACGGAGGUGGAGGUACUUGUUGGUGAGGUGGAGGCUCGCAAAAACAUAUUAUUUGGCGGCCUCGGUAGUGGCAUCAGCAACAAACGGAAAACAGAAGAGUGGCAACACGUUGUUGCAGCUGUCAAUAGUGUGGGGGUGACGGAGAGGUCCGUGCCAGACAUUAAAAAAAAGUGGUCGGAUCUCAAGGUGGAGGCAAAGAGGAGGAUGGCACGCCACCGCCAGGGAAUGUGUGCCACAGGCGGGGGUCCUGCCACACCAAACCCCACGCCGCUGGAGCUGAAAAUAGCCUCCAUUCUUGGGCCCGCAAGCAUCUACGGCAUAGUGCCAGAGAAUGAGGGGGACACAGACCAGGCGGACGCCACAGCAGAGACCGUCACUCUACAGAUGGAGGCAGUGGGUGAGGAGAUCCCCGGUACAUCCACAGAGGAGAUGGUCAGACCCACCACGAGUGCGCCCCGGGCGCACGGCACAGCUGGAGGUGGCCGCGUGCUGACAGAUGCGGUCCUCCAAACACAAAGGGACACCAUCGACGCUGUGAAGGAAAUUCGUGAUGAAUUACAUCAAAUCCGUCAUGUAAUUAGCGGAAUGUGUGCUGUACUGUCUGAAAUUUCCACGUCAUUAAAAGAACUUGUUAAAAAAUGA